CAACUGAGCCAGCCAGGCACUCCCUAAGGUGAUCCUAAUGACCCAUGUCAUCCCUCUGCCAUGUCAAAUGUUCCCUCUGCAGGACAAUGCUUCAGGCAUGGCCUGAGUUCCAAAGCCCACACUUCCUACCAUUGUGUCCAGGUCUGGGUGUUUUGUGAGAUGUGUUGAUGGCCCUUUAAGAGGCGGUAGCUGGCUUCCGGUUGCCAUGGAGACAGCUGGACGCAGCCUGGGUAGCAGAAGGCAGCAUGUCCUCUAAACUUCAAUCCACAGUCCCCAAAGCCAAGGACCACCAGCCCUCAGCUGAAGAGAGUCUGCCAGCCCCAAAGGCCAAUGCUGAAGCCAUCCACUUCCUCAGCACCCUCGAGCAGGAGGAGCUGCAGAUGCUGCUGUUCUCUGAGACUCUGGCCAUGGUCUCGGACACAGGGGAGCCUCAGGGAGAGCUGACCAUUGAGGUGCAAAGACGGCAAAACAAAGAUGAAUUUGGUGUGAUGUCACACUGCCUCUUCGUGCACGCCUUUAGCCGUGGCUUCAUGGACAAGAUGCUCUGCGGAAACUCCCUCCUGGGCUACCUCUCAUGGAAACUGCAUGUCAUGGAGCAACAUAGUCAAGAGUUCAUCAAGUUCCGCGUCCUCCCCAUGGAGAGGAAGAUGACUUUGGUGAAGCAGGAUGACCAGCUGACCAUGACCAGAAGUGUCAAGGAGGGGGAGGAAGUCAAGACCGAAGUGACUUUUAUCCCAGGGAGCUCAACCACGGGCUUCAUCUCAGAGGCUGCCAACCUGGUGUUGCUGAGGGUGAUGGCCUGGCGGCAGACGGUGCCCAGCAAUGCCCGUUUCCUGGCCUUGGACAUGGAGGGCGAACUCUGCUACUCCACUUACCAAGACCUGGGCUUCCAGAAGAUUCAGGUGGACCGCCAGCAGGUAGAGGUGUUCAUCGUGGAGCAGACCGUCCACUCAGUGAAAGGCAUCCCCAAUUCCUGCCAGUUCUAUCUGCUGUCGGAUGGGCACCUGGCCAAGAGAAUCCAGGUGGGUUCCCCCGGGUACUGCCUGAUCACCCAGAUGCCUAUCUUGACGGAGAAGGAUGAGAUUGAGCCUCGCCCCGUAUUUGAGAAGAAGCCCCUGGUGUGGGAGGAGGAUAUGGAGCUCUACUCGAGGUUCGUGGACCGGAAGGAGGAGCUCCGUCUCAGCCACAGCAGCUACCUGCGGCAGCACCCCGAGGCCCAGGCGCUCAUCUCGGACUUCCUGCUCUUCCUGCUGCUGCGCCAGCCCGCAGACGUGGUCAUCUUCGCCGCGGAGUACUUCGGCCCCUUCGCGAAGCGCCACCCCCCGACCUCCGCCUUGCGCUCCUCCCACCGGCCCAGCCCCUUCCGCUCGCUGGACCCUCGGGACCCCUUGCACUAGGCGGGGCGCAGCGGGCGGGGACCCGCAGGAAGUCGGGCGGUCGCCGGGGGCGCAGCGGGGAACCGGAGGG